AUGAUUUUGGUACAGUAUGAAUUGCAAUUGAAAUAUGAAGAGGUGGUUAAAAAAGGAGAAGAUGCUAUGAGACUUACUGAAUCACUAGCUCGUAAGGCAGCAGUAGAGAGAUGUGCUACUCAGAUUGAAAAACUGCAAGAUCAGGUAAAGGAAGUAUUGCAAGCAUUAAGUGAACAAGAAGUCAAGCUUCUAGAAAUGGAAGAGGAAGCAGCAAAAUGGAAACUAAAAUAUGAGGAGAUUCAAGGCAAAAAUGAUGGCCAUGGAGAUAAG